GCUAGAUUCAGGUGUCUACCCUGCUAAACUGCUCUACCUUUGAACAGACAGCCGGCAGCAGUCCUCGGUCUCUUGGUGCUGUGGGCAGCAUGGUGCUUAGAAUGGAGAACGUGCCCAGCGACCUGUCCCCCGAGGAGUGCCAGGAGCUUGAGAACAUCCGGCGACGCAAGCAGGAGCUGCUGGCAGACAUACAGCGUCUGAAAGAUGAGAUAGCAGAGGUGACUAAUGAAAUCGAGAACCUGGGGUCCACAGAGGAGAGGAAAACAAUGCAGAGAAACAAGCAGGUGGCAAUGGGCAGGAAGAAGUUCAACAUGGACCCUAAGAAGGGGAUCCAGUUCUUGAUUGAAAAUGACUUGCUGAAGAACACAUGUGACGACAUUGCCCAGUUUCUCUACAAGGGGGAAGGGCUCAAUAAGACAGCCAUUGGAGAUUACUUGGGUGAAAGAGAUGACUUCAAUAUCCAGGUGUUGCAUGCAUUUGUGGAGCUGCAUGAGUUUACUGACCUCAAUCUAGUGCAGGCACUGCGGCAGUUCCUCUGGAGCUUCCGGCUGCCAGGGGAAGCUCAGAAGAUUGACAGGAUGAUGGAGGCUUUUGCACAACGAUAUUGCCAAUGCAACCCUGGUGUCUUCCAGUCCACAGAUACUUGCUACGUGCUCUCCUUUGCCAUCAUCAUGCUCAACACCAGCCUGCACAACCCCAAUGUCAAGGACAAGCCGACAGUGGAGCGUUUCAUCGCCAUGAACCGUGGCAUCAAUGAUGGCGGAGACCUGCCCGAGGAGCUGCUCAGGAACCUCUAUGAGAGUAUAAAAAAUGAACCUUUCAAAAUUCCCGAAGAUGAUGGCAAUGACUUGACACACACCUUCUUCAACCCCGACCGUGAAGGCUGGCUUCUGAAACUUGGAGGUGGACGGGUGAAGACGUGGAAACGGCGAUGGUUCAUCUUGACAGAUAACUGCCUGUACUACUUUGAGUAUACCACGGACAAGGAACCACGAGGCAUCAUCCCAUUGGAGAAUCUGAGCAUCCGUGAGGUAGAAGAUUCAAAAAAGCCAAAUUGCUUUGAGCUGUAUAUUCCUGACAACAAGGACCAGGUGAUUAAGGCCUGCAAGACUGAGGCAGACGGGCGUGUGGUAGAAGGGAACCACACUGUGUACCGCAUCUCUGCACCCACCCCAGAGGAGAAGGAAGAAUGGAUCAAAUGCAUCAAAGCUGCUAUCAGCCGGGACCCAUUCUAUGAGAUGCUCGCAGCACGCAAGAAGAAGGUGUCCUCCACCAAGCGACAUUAGUUUCCCUGGUCUACUUGAGUGGUGGCAGCGGCAGCAUUGGCAGCUGAUGCCUCUCAGUCCCCUGGCAGAGGGGGGAAGAGACUGUGCAAAACCACCUGCCAUCCGGGGUGGGGUGGGGGACUAGCUUCAACUUCUGCUAUUCUUUUCUGGCUUGGGAGCAGGAGGGAGGGGCUACACUGAUAGCAGCCCUUUGCUGACUCUUAUCUACAAGGAGGCCAUCAUCCCUGCUAGUCCCUCCACUGGUCUGCUUGAAGCCAUCGUCAGUAGUCCAAAGGUCAGGAAGAGAGGCUGUCGUUCUCUUCCACUCCCCACCAAUAUUGGCUCACCUGUUCAUUGCUUGAGCUGGUGGGGGGGGAGGCAGAGUGUGUAAUGUAGGCUGUGCCUCCCAAAGGGGCAAAACUCCAUUCAAGCUGCCAUUGGGAAGACUCACUGUGCUAGGUGUUGGGCUGAUACCCUGAGACCCAGAACUAGGCAUGGACUGUGUACUGUGAGGGCACUGAUGGCUCUGCAAUAACAGGGGGGUCAAGACUCUAGCUUUGCAGCACAGAGAUUCCUGUGCCACUCUGUCAUGACAUUACUACCUUUUUUCUUUAGUUGAGCAAGCCUUUUUGGCUUGUUUCCUCCCAAAAGCAAUUGAGCUUCUUGAUUUCCAGGGGGUUCUCCUUAAUAAGAAAUUUUAUGAACUUUGUGGGGUAAAGAGCAACUGAGAAUGUCAGCCCUCAGCAACUAACAUGCGGAGCAGCGGGUCAGCCACCUCCAAAAGCUUUACUGCCCUUGUUCUAGAGGGCACUGACUUAGGCUGUCUCUGAGGCCAGCACGGGGCUCACGGCUCCACUGUGCCCUCAGGAGAAGGUGGGGCUCUUGUGAGCCUGGGGAGGAGCACGUGUGGCUGUGCUUGAGCUGGUGGGGUAACCCUUGCUGACGCUUUACAAGGGCGUCCUGUCAAGAGCUGCUGGAAAGCGUGUCACCCGGCAGUUGGGCAUGAUCCUGUCAUGUGCAGGCAGCCCAGAGCACUUAUCCGUUGUUACCUUUGCAGCUGGUAGCCCAACAUCUUGAAGAGAAGAGCGCUGGCAGCAUUCCUCACUCUACAGAAGGAAUUAGUGUAAAAGGGGUGUCUGUCUUGCUGCAGUUGCAUUUUUCUGCAGGGAUGGGGGCUGGGUGGGUUAGGGUAGAGGCUGCCCUGAAGCACAAGCAGGUGGGCGGUGUGGGGGAGCCCGUGGGAGGGGGGACUGAGGGUGUGAUGGGUGGGGCUGCUGAUGUUUGAAGUAUGCUGCCGGGGAGUUUCUGGCUGCCUUGAGGUUUGUGUGUGUGUGUGUGGGGGGGGGUGAUCUGUUAAUAGAUUGCCUUCCCCUUGAUAAAGGAUCAUGGUGCUCUUCAUCCAUUGGGCUCCUUGGCAAACUCCGCUUUCCUGGCUCAGUAUUGGACUAUUUAUCUGAGGUGUACAUACUCUCUGUAUAGAUUUUUUUUCCUCUCCCUUUAGAUUUAUUUGUAUUUGUUUUAAAUAAGAAAACCUGUUUUUGUGAAACAGAAGAGGAUUCUGAAGCAUUGCUGUGGCACAAGGGGAAAGCAAGGGGGUUGUGGGAAGGGGGUGGAAGGUAUUCCUGGUCAAACCACUUGGGGUACAGUUUUAUUCUGAAUCCUUUUCCUUUCUUAAUCUUUGCCACAACCCUGUGAUCUAGCACAGAGCAACUGCAGCAAAUAAAUGUCGAUCUCA